CUUCAACCCUGCCACCGGGUGUCAACCAACCACAUGGUGUGGUACCGGUACCACUCGAAAAAUCAGCAUCCGGCGUUGGGCAUCACUCUCGAUGUUGUUGUGGUGGGCUGAUUGAUGCUCCUUUACAAAGAAAUCUCACCAUGAAUGAUGACUCGGACAGCUCCUUGGAAUCCCUUGUGGAGGAGGAUCCCAAGGUGAUUCGUCAAAAGAGGCUAAGGAUUUGGAAGGCCAACCUUGGAGUCUUAUGGAGAGUUAUUCUCGGUGUUGUGGCUCUGUUCGAUUUUCUGUCCACUGUGCUACCUGGAAUGCUGCGAGUCAAGACGGAGCAUGCCGAAGAUGAUCAUCAUCAUCGCCACCAUCAUCAUCAUGAAACAGACUUGUUGCCCGAGUAUCGCUAUGAAGCCUUUGGUCAUGCCAUUCCAACAGAACCAUUUGGCAGCAUGAUUGACUUUUUGGAUGAUCACAGUGGCCAUCUCGGAUUUGCGUUUUCCAUGCUCUGUUUCAUCGAGGCGUUUCUCGAUGCCAGCCGCAGUCGACACAGAGCUCUCAUGGAACGAGAUCGAAAGAGAUUGAUCCGAUCACAGCAGAAACAAAACUUGGAUGAUAGUAGUGAUCACCCCAUUGACGUAAUCGAUGACCUGGCGUAUCUGGACGACGACCAUGACACUCGAACGGUCUUUUAUUGCAAACUAUUGCUACAAUUGAUGCUACUCCCAGUGGGAUUUUGGUUGGCAUGUGAAGCACUCUUUCUUCGCGGUCAAGUCGUUCUCUGGGGAGAUUCCAUGGAAGAUGGUCGGCUCAACAUGGAAGAACUCUUGGACGAUGAGUAUGACAUGGACUCCCUCAUCGGUAAUGUCAGUCACGAACGAGACAUGAACCUUUCCGUAGGAUUUGCCUUGCUCCGAAUGCUCCUGGAAAUGCUGGUUGACUUUUUGAAUGUCAAGGGUGUGGUGGCCAAGAAAAAGGUCAUGCGCAAGAUAGUGGCCACGGUCCGAAAAACUGUAGGUGGUGCUGUGCGCCACCCCCUUCAAUUCUACAGGAAGGCUCAGUCCGCUCUGACGGCGCUACGAUGGAUCAAAUACCUUCAGCCCAUUCUUGGAAACACCAACAAGCUCAUUGGCAAUCUAAAAGACCUUGCCAAAAAGUACCGACAACGACAAGAGUUCCUCUUGAUGCAAAAGGUGCGACGAAAAAUGUUUCGCGAAAUGAACACACCCCAACGCAGAGAGUACGCUGCCAGAAAGAUUCAGGGGCUAUUCCGUGGAAAUCAAGCGCGAAAACAUAUUCGAGCCGUGAAGCUCUUGAGAGGAAAUGAGGAAGCCAUGGCUGCCCUUCGGCUUCAGGCAAUCUUUCGACGAAAGCUCAAGGAAGCGAGAGCACGCAUCAAACGGCGCAAAAAAGAACUGAAACAACUGCAGGCAAAGGCAGAGCUAGAUCAAGAAAAGAAGGCGGAAAAUCAGUCGCUGCGCAUGAAUGCUCAGGAGAGGCUAAGAUUGUAUCAACUGGAAGAAGAGGUGAACAAGGAAUCCUUAAGGAUCCUUCAACGAAGACUUCUUAUAAAGCCGGAUACACGCUUUGCGGUCACUUGGAGGGUUAUAUUCUGUGUCUGUGUUGUCUGUGAAAUCUCAAUGUUGGUGUGUAACCCAUUGCUGAAAAAGUACAAAGACCACUCGGGCAACCCUCUAACCGUGCAGAACCAGGUAAAGGAGUUUUUGAUCCCAUUGCCUGUCUCAGAGCUCAAGGAAUGUUCCUGUGAACCACACUCUAGGAUUGGUGGUUGGGGAGACAAACUCAAACACCGUUUCCUGCAUGACGAGGAGCCUCCACACUGUGAUGAGCUCCCAUGGUAUUGCUUGCAUCCCUAUUCUACCGCCAGAGCAUGGUACAGCAACGCUUUGGAGUUUUUGAUUGAUGAGUUCCUUCUUGUUAUAGGGCUUGUCAUGUUCUGGGACGUGCCAAUAUCAUUCUUCACUGGUGAUUAUGACAAGGAUAGUGGCUCUUUAAUACCCAAACAUUGGUUCCCGCGGUGGGUCCUUCCAGGCCUUGUAUUGCAAUUCAUUGUCAACCCGCACAUGAAAGCAACAGGCAAGUUGGUCGGGCGACUCUUUGGCAAAACAUUUGAGUUGGGACCGGUCCGUGUCUUCCGAUGGAACAUGGGUUUCUUCUAUCCUUUCUUUUUUGUGCUUCUAGAUUUGGGAGAAAGGUACAUCUGGAUUCCUUUGGUAAAGGACCAGAAUAGGCAGACGCUACUUGCACGAGCCAGCUCCACCGUGAUGGGCAAGCACAGAGACUUGACAGAGUCAAUUCAGCAGCUGAAGGUUUCAGCACAGAAGAAGAAAAAUUAGCUUAAUCUUGUAAUAUUUGUAUUGCACUACAUGUAAUACAUACGGUUGCGUUCUAGCAUCAAAGUAAAAGCUGACAGCAUCAACCGAUUCCAUGGUGCCUUUU